GCUACUGGUGCCCUAGAUUGUUAGCGAGAGGAGAUUCAUGGGAAUUUUUGGGCGCGCCUUCCAGUACGUCUUGAAUGAGCUCCUGGUAGAGCGGCUGUCCAAUAGCGUCGCGUUCCAGAGAUUUGCCGUGCGAUCGUCCAAAGCCAUGGAAGAAUUGGCACAGAAAGGCGCCCAAGGCAAAGACGCCAUAGCUGAGAACUUGCGGAGCAUAAAAAACGAGGUGGAGAGAAGCCUCAAAGACAACGCAAGAUAAGCUCUUGUUCUUCCAGGUGGAGAGAUAAGCUAGGAGAGGAGAGUGUAAAAACCCUUCCACAUCGAAUAGAAAGAACGCUCUUUCAUGGCCACCGUGCUGGUGGAUGCUCUCAAGAAGUGUGCCGAUGUGGGCGAGUGCCGGAGAAUCCACGCCUUGGCGGUGGAAUCAGGGCAGGAAUCCAAUACGUUCGUGGCGAGCACGCUAGCGGUGGCGUAUGCGCGGUGCGCGAGGAUGGACAAUGCGCGCAGGGUGUUUGAGGGAAUGCCGCCCUCUCGGUCUAAUCUGGUGCCUUGGACGGCGCUGGUACUGGGCCACGCGCAGGCGGGCGAGGGCGAUUUGGCGCUGGAGCUCUUCCAGGCCAUGCUCGCCGAGGGCUGCCGCCCGGAUUCGCGAGCGAUGGUGGCGGCGCUCAAGGCUUGCGCGAGCUGCGCGAGUAGAGAGCGCGGUAUCAAGACGAAGCUGGAGGUGCUGGAGAAGGGCAUGGCGAUCCACGCGCACUGGGAGGAGUUCCAUCCCUGGAAUGUGUUCGUGGCGACGUGCUUGGUGGAUUUGUAUGCCAAGUGUGGGAGCACGGCCGAUGCGACCAGAGUUUUCGAGGUGAUGCCAUCGCCCUCGCGCACGGUCGUGUCGUGGACGGCAUUGAUCACGGGCUACGCGGACAAUGGCCAGCCUAUGGCAGCGCUGGAGCUCUUCCAGCGGAUGCUACACUCCAGUUGCGCUCCAAACGAGCUCACAUUCGCGGCCGCGCUCAAGGCUUGCUCGUGUUGGCAUGGCGAUUGGAAUUGGAAGUUGGAAACCGGCAUGGCGAUCCACAGCCUCGCUCGAGCUCGCGGCUGCGACACUCACGCCGGCGUCGCCGCCACCCUUGUCAAGCUCUACGCGACGUGUGGUAGAGUCUGUGAAGCCUACCACGCGCACAGCCAUGGCGGCGCCGCCACCCCCGCAUCGUGGACUGCGCUGGUGCGUGGUUGCGUGGACAGCGGCCACUGGGAACUUGCUCUAGACUUCUUCGUUGAUUCGAUGCAUCGUGCUCAAACACUCACUGGGGCGAUCGUCGUCGCGGCGUUGCUAGCAUGCUCGGCCAUCGCGGCCCAAGAACAAGGCGUCGCCACCAUUGGAGAUGGAAGUAGCGUGAAAAUGGUGUCGCUGGAGAGAGGAAUGGCGAUCCAUGCUGCUGCUGCCGCGGCUCCUAGAUUCGAGCGGGACAUAUACGUGGACAACAGCUUGAUCGAGAUGUAUGUCAAAUGCGGGAGCUUGGCCGACGCUCUUGCGGUCUAUACCCGGAUGAAAGCUCGCGACUCCGUGACGCUCACUUGCCUUGUUCUUGGCUGUGUGGAGAAUGCCCAAGGAGAGCUCGCCAUGGAGGUCUUGAGGAGCCAACUUCGGGAUCUAGGAAGGCCAGACGCCCAAACUUUGGUGGCGGUACUCAAGGCUUGCGGGAGUGUGGGAGCUUUGAAAGACGGAAAGGCCAUCCACGGCGAGCUGUGCCGGUCUGGAUGGGAGGCGAGCACGCCGGCGCUGGUGACUUGCUUGGUGAGUUUCUACGCGGGGUGUGGAGGAUCCGGCAUGGCCGACGCACAGCUCGUGUUUGAUUCCGGAACUCGGCCGGGGCUCAUCACUUGGAACGCUCUCAUCGCCGGCUAUGGCUGCCAAGGCGAGGCGGUGCGAGGCUUGGAAAUGUUUUGGUUGAUGGUGGAGCAAGGAGUUGUGCCGGAUGGUGCCACCUUCGUUUCACUGCUGGCAGCGUGUAACCAUGCCGGCCUUGUGGACGAGUGUGAUCGGCUAUGGAGUGUGAUGGUAUUCCGGUUUGGAAUCCGGCCAAGCAUGAACCACUACCAGUGCGUGACAAACGCUCUCAAUCGGGCAAGCAAAGCCACGUAG